GCCUUUGUGGUGCGUCAGAGCAUUUCCUCAAAAAAUGUCAGUUGCAUACAAGCCUAAGAUUAAAAUAUGGAGCGAAAGUCUUCAGGAGAUAAAAGAGGCACUUUCAAGACUUAAGGACCGACCACCUAUCAUCAUACCGUAUGGUUUGCAGCUUGAAAAUCAUCUAUGGAACGCUGAACCGGUUCGUCUUUCGCUGCACGUUUGUCAAGGAUCUACUGGGGACAACUUUGUGACUCACCAAGGUGUUGGCAAAAACAAUAAGAUUAACAUGUGGACAAUGAAAAAGAACAAGAUUUUGAACGCUUAUAAGACAUCGUUGCGGACAAUCAACACUCCGUAUAAGUUUGACCACAUGAUAUUUAUACCAAAAAGAUGGGUAUACGUCACGCAUUCUACUCAUGAUUUAGCUCUUCAGGUUUUUAGCUCUAAAUUUAUGCUUAUCUCAACYGCGUUUACUGGACGCACUGUGUUAUCAUUAGAAUACAACAGYAAAAGAGAUGAGAUUCUWACUGGAAUAACUGGRGGUGUSCUAAUUUGGCAUUUUCCUGUWAAACAAACKGACCCACUAGUACCCGGKCAGGUUMUCAAUUGUUCGUUCACGGAAUUGGAGUGGACAAAGAUUUUACACAUCGAUCGAACGUUUAAUCAAUUGAUUGUGAUUUCGAAUGAAAAGAUCGCUGUGUUGAGCACUGAUGAUUAUCAAUGCCAGGUGUCGUUUACUAAAAACUUUGACGUCGCAUUUACCGCGUGCGCUCUGUAUAAUAUCUACAAGUACUUUGUCACUGGGGACAAGAAUGGAUCGAUAAAAGUAUGGAGUACAACAUUGACAAGUCUACCACUGGUUACGCAAUUCUUAGGUCACUGUGAUGCAAUCACAUGUCUUGUCAUUCACAAUGAAGAACCUUUGCUCAUAUCUGGCUCCAUGGACAAGACUCUYCGCAUUUGGAACUUUGACACGUUUACUCAAACCUUCUGCCUUCAAACUGGUGAAGAAAUCUUAAAAAUGGGACUCGUAAACUCACAGCAAAUCUACUAUCAGUCRAAAAACAGCAUCAAAGUCUGGCAUAUGAAUCUUUUCCAUACACUUUUCACAACKCUGAGCUCAAAGAUCACUAAAUUUAAGAGAGUAAUAAGUCCGGAGUUUCCGACCAGGAUUCUUGUGUAUGCGGUCGAUGGUGGUGUGCGGUUGAUAUCCCCAGCGCAUGCGUAUGAGCUUACCGCAAUGCUGCCAAUCACAACACUCAAUAGCAAGAUGUUGGAUGUUUGUCAUGAUAGACGAAAAGAGAAACUGUAUGCCGUGCUUGGGAACAGAAAUGUUCUGGUUUUUGAUAGUCAUACAAACCCUUGUUGUGCCUCGCAGUUGUGGCAGUCAGAAUGCCCGGAUGAGGGGGUGUGCAGCAUUGCUCUCAUCAAUGCAGAAUUUGCCUUGGACGAGGACGAUUUGGAACUGAAAUGCGGUCUUCUUUUUGCUGGUCUUUAUAACGGACAAAUUACAUUGUUGGAUGGACUUGACGUCCAAAUGGAGCACAACAUACAAGCCCACCAAGGUCAAGUAAUUCAGCUCUGCACAUCCUACCAAAAUUCCAAAUCACGUGAUAUUCUAGGAUCACGUGAUCGCCUCGUGUCUCUUGGCACUGAUAACGUCAUACGCAUAUGGAAAAUAUGUCACGUGACAGAGAGGACCAUUCAGAUUGAACCAAUGUCUGACGUACGUUUGAUGACUUUGCCUUGUGAGAUUGGUAUGAUUGGUAACACACUGUGUAUGGUGAUGAGCGACAGUAAGGUUGUCAUGUGCAGUGUUACUGUCAAACCUGCAAAGAUGUACUCCAAGGAAAAUCACUUUGAAUUUCUGCUUCAUUCUAAAGACGAAAGUCACACCAAGCCAAUUAAUGGGUUGUCAUGUUGCCCGCCUCUACAACUAYUCGCAACAUCAAGCGAAGACCAAAGCGUCAAAAUUUGGAACCAAAACAACCAACUGGUCCGCGAACUCACGUUCGACGAGACCUUAUGCGGAGUUUGCUUUGCAACUGCACGAGGGGACCUAUUGGUGGGGUUUCAGAGCCACAUCAGUUUAGUGCCCCUUAUYAAGUAUUUACCAGGUCAAUAUUUAGAGAUGUUGUCCARGAUGGACUUUGAUAAUGAGCUGACGGAGAGGCACGUGCUUUUUGACGACCAUUUAAAAUUCUGGUACGAUCCCUUGAUGGUGCCCACUCUUCCUUUGGAAYUGAGGCAACGUCGACCAAUGUUGCCURCUGAAACUCCUCCCUGUCCUUUUGAAGAGGAAAUUGAUUCCGAUCUUGAGGAAAACACGGAGCCCGAAAUAGAAGAAGAUGGUCUCAACUGGCUCAGACAAGCGUCACGUCGUGUAUCAAUCAGUUCGCGCAUGACAUUAGCGUCACGGAUUUCUCUUGCGUCACGCCUUGAUGAUAGAGGRAAGUCCAUGMUGGGAGCUGUUGUUAGCAGUUUGAUGGAAGCCAUUGGCAAACAGAGUGAAGAUAAGCUGGGAAGCAUCAGCUCAAUACAGAAAUUAGUKUCUCAGGAAGAAGACGAACUGGCCAAAUAUCGUGAAUGGAUUCGUACUCGAGCUGAGCAAAAGGCACUUUGUCGUCCACCACAUUUCUGGCCUGUUGCUCCCGACGGUUUCAUCCCAAACUCUGUCAUAAGAAGAAUUGUCAGAAUGAAGCCAGUCCCUAAACACAUGAUUGCACGAAUUGUUCGGCCAAUAAAACCGAAGAAGGAGGUAAAAGCGAAAAAAGUAGAGGUUGAAUCGGAAUCGGAAGACUCCUCAUCYGAGGAGUCCUGGGAUUGGAACUGGGAUCCCAUUGAGUCAAAAAAGAAAAAUCGCGUUAGUUUAAGUUCAGGAAAUUCAGAAGCUGAGUGCACUAUUCUAGAAGUAGGAAGACAAGAACCGAUAGACAACGAAGAAAGGAAUCCUGAAAGACAACAGCCAGGCACAUCGGGAUUACAGCGAAACGCAGAAGGUCAGUUACCAGAGAUACCAGGUACACCAGCAAGACAGCGAGACGCUARAGCAGUWGUKGAAAGUAGUACACCGAUAGCACMAAGAAGUGUUAGUUUAGACGAAGAAAGAUUAGAAGAUUUACCACCACCACCUGAASAAUGGUCUGCAGCGGACGARGAACGYCAUUUUCRUUKGCAUSAWCRAGAAAACCCGCUGUACGACCCUGUYCRUAUYCMCAUCGRUCCACAAGCAGGAUUUACACGGGAAGAYCAGACACAUAGAWUAACAGGAACUCAACCGGAUACCAACCCAGUACGACAUCAAGCCGAAGAAUCGAACGCGAAUUCACUUGAAAGAAUGGAAGAGAAUAUUGAACGACAGCUCGAAAACCUAAGACUUGAACGCGAAGAUCACGCGCAGAGAAUGAACGCGCUACACGAAGCUUGCCAAGACUCGUUAAGUAUGAAAGGAGUCAUUAAUUUCCCUACUUUUAAAGGCGACGAGAAUGAAGACGUAAACAAUUUCACCCUGUGUUUGAGUGAUCCGCUUUUUUAUCUGAAGAAAAUCACGAAACCAGUCCAGGGAAAGUUUAUWUAA